AUGGCAGGCGACAAUUCUCCUACUCUCUCUGCUGCCUACAACGGCAGCGAAGACCUUCACGAUAAACAGCCUUCAUUCGUUGGCGGCGCUUACAACGAAUACGAUGGUGACCAUGGCGCCGACACCGAGUUGAAGCGCUCCUUGAGCACACGUCACUUGACCAUGAUCGCGCUUGGUUCCAGUAUUGGUAUGGGCUUAUGGCUUGGUAGUGGUACCUCCCUAGCGAACGGCGGUCCUGCUGGUAUCUUCCUCGGUUAUUGUCUCGCCGGUUCCAUGAUUUGGUGUGUCAGUCAUUCCAUCGGAGAGAUGGCGUGUGUGUAUCCUCUCCCAUCGGCCUUCGUACAGUGGACAGGAAAAUUCGUCGAUCCAGCUGCGGCUUUUGCCCUCGGAUGGUCUUAUUGGUUCAGUUACUGCAUCACCAUCGCGAAUGAGUUAGCGUCAGCAAAUACCGUUAUAAGCUACUGGACAACUCGCGUGCCGAUAGCAGGAUGGAUCAGCAUAUGGCUAGUCAUUAUCAUUCUGAUCAAUAUUGGCGCUGUUACCGUCUUCGGUGAAAUUGAAGUCGUCGCCAGCACAAUUAAAUUUGGCUGGAUCUUCGUUGUCAUCAUCUCCAUGAUCGUCAUGUCAGCUGGAGGAGCAGGCUACGACGCGGUGGGCUUUCGAUACUGGAAUGAGAUCCCCUUUACGCACGGUUUCAAAGGAUUCCUUGCCGUUAUGCCUACUUGUAUCUUCGCCAUGUCCGGAUCUGAGAAUUCAGGUUUGGUUGCCGCCGAGACAGCAAACCCCAAAAAGUCCAUCCCUCGCGCUGUUGGGUCCAUAUGGCUCCGGCUUGCGCUUUUCUACCUGGUCGGAUCACUUAUGGUGACUAUCAAUGUUGAUCCCAGGAAUGACCGACUUUUCGGGGCUGAUGGUGCUGAGGGUACUGGUGCUUCACCAUUUGUCAUUGCUUAUAGCGACGCAGGAAUUCCUGUUCUAGCCCAUAUGAUGAACGCAGUUAUUCUCAUAUCAGUCGUCUCCACUGGGUCAAUCUCAGGCUAUGGCGGCUCCCGAACGGCGAUGGGAUUGGCCUACCUAGACAUGGCACCUAAAGUAUUCACGCAAGCCGAUAAAUCCGGUCGCCCCUGGUGGGGUCUGAUCCCUACGUUUGUCCUGGGUGGUGGGCUUGCCUACCUAAACGUUAGUCAAUCCGGUGUCAACGUGUUCGGCUGGUUUUCCAAUCUCACAUCUCUCUUCACUCUGUUCGGCUGGGGCAUGAUCUGUCUUUCCCACAUCCGUUUUCGCCACGCUUGGGCAAAACAGGGGCGUACACCCGAGGAGCUUCCCUGGAAGUCCUGGAUCUAUCCUUAUGGUCCCUGGUGGGGCUUGAUUAUGUGCAUUCUACUUAUCAUAGUCCAGUUCUAUCUCGCCGUCUGGCCUCUUGGAAGCGAGCAAAGCGCUGAAACCUUUUUUGCAAACUACAUCUCCGUCAUUGUUAUCGUUGUACUAUGGCUUGGAGCUAGACUAUAUUACCGUGGAAGAUGGUGGGUCAACCUCGAUCACAUCUUACUUGACGAAGGUCGCAGGUUUUAUAAGAACGACAUUGAAAAAGCCAAACCCACUGGCGUCAAAGGAUAUGCAAAAAGAGCUGUCAGUGCUGUUUUUAGCUAG